UGCAGCCAUAUUAUAAAAAACACCUUCUUUUUUCUUCCUUCGUUCCUCAUUAUGUCGAAUCCUGUUGACUUAAAAACCCAAAAAUACGAUCGUCAAUUAAGACUUUGGGCAACAACCGGACAGCAAGCUUUGGAAGAGGCCAAUAUUUGUUUACUCAAUGCUACUCCAACUGGGUGUGAGAUUCUCAAGAAUCUCGUUUUACCAGGCGUUGGCCAUGUAACCAUCGUAGAUGAGCAAAAAGUUACGAAGCAAGACAUACACAACAACUUCUUUUUAGAUCCCGACAGCACAGGUCAAUCCAAAGCAAAAUUAGCGGCAGAAUUGCUCCAGGAGCUGAACGAAGAUGCUUCUGUUGUGCACAUAGAGAGGAAUCCAUCCGAUCUUAUUCAUAACAGUCCUGAGUUCUUUGAUCCAUUUUCCAUGAUUGUCACUGUAAAUAUGGUUCACGAUGAUAUGUUAAAGCUUUCGACUAUCUGUAAUGAAUCCAGUAAAAUUUUGAUUGCUGUUAAGAAUAAGGGUUUGGUCGGAGUCUUUAGCAUACAAUCACCAGAGCAUACAGUGAUCGAAACGCACCCUGAUAAUGCAACUGACCUUCGCCUAGCAACCCCAUUUCAGCACUUGGUUGAUUAUGUAGAUACUUUCAACUUGGAUGAGUUAGAUCAAACAGAUCAUGGCCAAGUACCAUUUGUUGUUGUGCUUUUAAAAUAUGUCGACGCAUGGAAAAAGGAAGAUAAUUCAAUCCAAAUUCCCUUGUCAUACCAGCAGAAAAAGGAGUUGGAAAAAAGGAUUGCAGCAGGAAAGAGAACGCCGGAUGAAGAGAACUUUGAUGAGGCCAUUUCCAAUGCUUGGAGACUUUGUUCAAAUGAUCAUAUCUCAGAUGAAGUCCGUCAUAUUUUUGAAGAGCCAUCAUGUCAGAGUGCCCAUAGUGACUCACCUCAUUUUUGGAUUUUAGCCCGAGCAGUACGCGAUUUUGUAGAGAAUGAAGGCGGUGGACAUCUUCCUCUUUCUGGAAAGUUACCUGACAUGAAAUCUGAUACAUUAAAUUACAUUGGUUUACAAAAUGUUUAUCGUGAAAAAGCUUUAUGUGAUUUGGAAGCUGUAAAAAAAAGAGUGAGAGGAUUUUUGGAAGGUUCUGAGGUUAGUAUUCCUGAUGAGACCAUCGAAAUAUUUUGCAAAAAUGCCUCCAACGUGAGAGUAAUCCAAUACCGUCCCCUUACCGAGAAUCAUGUGUUAGCGGAAAAACUAGUUAACUGGGUAAAAACUGAUGAGAAUAUCUGUUAUCUCUUGGCCUAUUAUGGAGCUGACAAGUUCCGUUCAAAGUAUGGUCAUUUACCUGUCUCCCAGGUGGAUUUCAAUCCAUUCAAGGAGGAGGUACAAGCGUAUAUUGAAAGUUUGGGCGUGUCCUCUGCAGAUACUCAAGAGGUCAUGUCAAGUGAAGCAACGGAUAAGGCUAUUCUAAAUUUUAUAAGAUUUGGCGAUAUGGAAACCCCGAAUUUGGCUGCUCUUAUUGGUGGCUUAGCGGCACAAGAAGCGAUUAAAUUGAUAACUCAUCAAUAUAUCCCAAUUAAUAACACGUGUGUAUUUAACGGCAUUACUUCAACCAGUAGUGUAUUUGAAAUAUAGUUUAAAAUAAAUAA